AUGGCGGCAGCGACAGCGGCGGCCCCGCGGGCGGGGUUCCCGUCGCAGGAGCUUCUGGACGACCUCUGCAGUCGCUUCGUCUUCAACGUACCAGGGGAGGACCUGCAGUCGUUUGAACGCAUGCUCUUUUCCAUCGAACAGGCGCAUUGGUUCUACGAGGACAAGUGUCGCGAGCGGCACACGCCACCUCUGCGCUCAUUCACCCUCCGCGAUUUCACCAACCUCCUGUUCCAGCGCUGUGUGGCUCUCAAGCCCUAUGCUGCGCGAGUGAAUGACAUCUAUAACGAGUUCACCACCUAUAAGUUCAAAGUGCCUGUUACAGGGGCAAUCAUCCUCGACCAAUCAAUGACUCGGUGCAUACUCGUUAAAGGGUGGCGAGCCUCCGCGAGCUGGGGCUUUCCCAAGGGCAAGAAGGGGCUUAAAGAGACGGAUGCAGAGGCAGCAGUCAGGGAGGUGUGGGAGGAAACUGGAUUUGACAUCUCCUUUCUGGUAAAUUCUUCUGAAUACUUAGAGGUGGUGGCAGGGCAGCAGCAGCAGCGGCAGCGGCUGUUUGUGGUGACGGGGGUUGACUCGCACACGGCAGUGUUUCAACCACAGACAGUGAAAGAAAUCAGCGUGAGUGGCUGGGAUGGGUGGGGCUGUGCAUUAGAACUGAUGUCUGUAGCAGCAUAG